AUCGUGAAGCCCAUGGACAUCCAGGCCUCCAAUGCCCCGGCGAGGAUUGUCCUGCGGGCUGCAGUGAUCUGGCUCUUCUCCAUGACCCUGGCUGUCCCCGAGGCUGUCUUCUCAGACCUCCGCUCGUUCAGCAUCCACAGCACCAAUGAGACCUUCAUCACCUGCGCCCCCUAUCCCCACGAUGGUGAACUGCACCCCAAGAUCCACUCCAUGGCCUCCUUCCUCAUCUUCUAUGUCAUUCCUCUGUCGGUUAUAUCAGUCUAUUACCUGUUCAUCGCCAGGAGCCUGAUCAGGAGUGCCUAUAAUAUGCCGGUGGAGGGCAACGUGCACGUCAGAAGACAGAUAGAGUCCAGGAAGCGCCUUGCCAAGACCGUCCUGGUGUUUGUGGGCCUGUUCGCCGUGUGCUGGCUCCCCUGUCACGUGAUCUACCUCAACCGCUCCUACCACUACUCCGAAGUGGACACCUCCAUGGCCCACUUCAUCUUCACUGUGGGAGCCCGUAUCCUGGCCUUCACUAACUCCUGUGUCAACCCCUUCGCCCUCUACCUGCUCAGCAAGAGUUUCCAGAAGCAGUUCAACAAGCAGCUGUGUUGUUGUUGUCGAGCCCUGGCGAAGAGGUCCCAGAGCCAGAGGAGGAACAGGAACAACACAAACAUGACCUCCCUCAGGACCACCAACCACUCAGUGGCCAGUCUGAGCUUUAUUAAUGGAAAACACAUCUGUCAGGAGGACAGUGUGUGAGAGACAGACGGGUGGAUGGUAAGAGAGAGACAGACAUACAGGUCUACCAAGAGGAGAGAGUGUGAGACAGACAGACAGACAGACAGACAGACAGA